CGUGAUUGCAUUUGCCCCAAGAAUCAGUUUCUUUUAGGGAUUGUACUUGGUUUGUCCUAUAGCCAUGGAAAGAGACAUGGAAAGAGACACGGAGCUGGCCUAUCUCCUACAGCCACCAAUAGAAGUAGUCCUGGAGCGUCUGUCCCCAUACCCGCUGCCUCUAAGACUCUUCGCCGUAAAAGAGUCCGUGGUGGUCUUACCACCACCCAGAGACCUCACAGGAUUUAGACUUUUCAUCAACUCCUUUUCGAGUCCAAAACCAGGAAGUCUAGACUUCGAAGUGGAAAUACAACCCAGGUACUACAGAAACGGAGAAUGCAUCCUUGCGAGCUGCACUCCGAACCUGGCAGAAAGGAGACUCCCUCAGAGCCCUCUGUUGCCCCUUCACCCUAGUCUGGAAGAAAUGAAGCUCUUAAUGUGGAAUGUGAGAGGUACAGGUAGCUCUGCAUUUCGUGACCAUCUCCUUCAACACAUUAACACUCACAAACCUGGCAUUGUCACGGUAGUGGAAACUAGAUUAAGUGGAAGCAGGGCUGUAGAAGUUUGUGAAAGCCUCCCGUUCACCAACUUCCGGAUCCAAGAUGCAAAUACCUUCAAGGGUGACUGUGGCUCCUGUGGAACGGGGUUGAGGUCAACGUCGAACCUAUCUCCAACACUUUCCAAGCCAUCCAUGCAAACAUUAAGGCACGUUCUCUCUAAUUUCCAGCAAGUGCAAGUAAAGCACAUCUACAGAGAGGCGAAUAAAGGAGCAGAUGCACUAGCAAAGUUGGGUGAAAAACUUUUGUGUCCCUUUUCACUACUAGAUUCUUGUCCUCUCAGUUUAGGAUCUAUUUUGUCUGAUGAUUUGAGGGGAAUUUGUUUCCCCAGAUACAUUGCUAAGUUGUAACCUUUCCUUUUUAUUUUAUGCAAGUCUUUCCUACCAAAAAAAAACUUGGUUUGAAUUUA